AGUAAAUAGAGGAGUGUUUUUGUGAAGGAGAACAAACGCUAAACGGAUAAUUCCUUCUUCCGAUUAUUAUGUUGUGUUGUUGAUAUGGCGUCACUCGUCACCCCAGCGCAUGUUAGCAACACCAAACCCUUGCACUGUUCUACUCGGAAGGCUAACCGUGUGAAGUGUGAACUUUCACCGCCAUCAUGGAGGGAAGGCCGGCGAAUGGUGUCCAUCUCUCUACUUCUCUCCCCCUUCCUUCUCACUCCUAACCGUGCUAAUGCUGAAGGAAAUUUUAUGGACAAAUAUGUUAAGAGAAAAAAGCUAGAGCCUCUGGAGACUUAUGUACCCGCUGUAAUACUCACACAGUUCCAGAUCGAGGAUUUGGAUAAAACAUUAGAGGGCAAUGAACCCCAGUUUGCCCUCUGCCGGUCUCUACUUCGUUCUGGGCCUGCAGCAUCUCUUCGUAUAAAUAUUCGAGCAGUUGCGCAAUAUGCUUCAGACAGUGGCAAUGGUAAAGCUGCUUUCAACAAUGUCGAUGAAUGUUUGAGGUCAAUUGAGGAACUCGACUCCUUGCUUCUGCGUGCAUCGAGAAAUGAUCCUGGCGCCUCAGUCAAGUCAAUGAAGACAAACGUCAAAUCUGCCCUUAUCGCUCUAGACAGCCUCUUGCAAACAGUACCAUCGGAUGUGCUAAGUAAGGGAAAGGUUAUAGCUAAUUCAUACUUGGAGGAUCGGGAAGAUGUUGAAACAGAGAGCUUGGACCCUGGUUUAAAGCAAUUAGAAUCAAUACUAUGAAUCCCUAGCGAGCAUACAAAUCAAAACGGAGAGCUUGAACCCUGAUUUAAUUAUAUCUUAUUGAAAAUAUCCUUGUUUAUAUCUCUAUACCAACCUGAAUUACUUUCUCACCUCUAUGUUCCUAAUCAUUGUUAUCUUUACAUGUUCAUAUUCAGUUGAAGAACUGAAUUUGGUGCUCGAUUGCAUCUGCAUCCUCAUAAAUUAAACCAUGGACCAAACAAUUGAAGGAUUCAAGGUUCUUCUAAUCUACCACUUAUACUACACCAACCACGUUAAAGGACUUGAGGUUCUUCUGAUUUACCACUUAUACUAUUACACCAACCAUGUUGAUUUAUUAUGAAGUGCUUAAACUAUGUACGGACAAUGCAAAAUGUUAUUUGAAAUUUAGUCAUUGGAAA